GGAGGGUCCCAGCUAAUCCGUUGUUUCCGCUCUAGCGACCAAGCAAACUCUCGAAGAACACUUCGCGACCCAUGGAACUGGAGAGAUCGUCGAGGUCAAGCUCAUGAAUGGGUUUGGCUUCAUUGAGUAUAAGGACCCCAUGGAUGCGCGUGAUGUCGUUCCUGGUGAGUACCCAAGCCGCGACCUUGUUUGAUCGUAUCUAACAAGUUACAGCAUUCCAUGGCUCCGAGUUCAUGGGCGAGCGCCUGGUCGUUCAAUUCGCCCGUGGCUCCCGGCCGCGCAACGAAAACGCCAUUCACGAGCGUACUGCUCCCCGUCCCCGUCGCACGCCGCAUCGCAUGGCGAUCGCGAACCUCCCCGCCGAGACGUCCUGGCAGGACCUUAAAGAUUUCGCCCGUCAAUCUGGCCUUGACGUUGUCUACUCCGAGGUAGGCCGUGACCGCGAUGGCAAAGGUUCCGUUGAAUAUGAAACCGCCGCGGACCUCCGCAAAGCCAUCGAAGGUCUGGACAAUCGCGAGUUCAAAGGCGUAACCAUUCGCUGCACCGUGGACGACCGUCCUCGCGAACGCCAUCGAUCCCGCUCCCCUCCGCGCCACGACUACCGCCGCCGGUCGCCCCCUCGCGACUACUACAUGGACCGCUACGGCGGCGGCCGCUCCCCUCCCCGCAUGCGCGGACCGCCCGUCGAUGACUACCCUCCACGCGGCCGGUUCCCCGACGACGCGUACGACCCGCGCGGGCCCCCGCCCCGACGCUACGAUGCCGAUCCAUACGUGAACGGGCACGGGCGUCCGUCGUACGACCGGCCGCCGUCCCCGGGGCGUCGACCAAGGAGCCCGGCUCGUGCAUAUGAGCCUGGAUAUGAGCGGCGUUACUGAACCCCUACCUUCACCGAACCCCACUCCCCCACUCGCCAGUUUACCUACCACCCGUUCAUGGAAUUUCAACAACAGGGCGAAUCAUGGAUAAAAAAAAUUGCUUGCUUGGUUUAUUCGGUCGACGAUCGUCGUGCCAUCGGUGGAUACGGAGGGGUCGAUGAACGAGCGGAUAGCCAGAUGAUGCGUCGGGAUCUCGUUCACUUGCUGUCCAGCAUGUCUUAUUAUAGCAUCAUGGAUCUUUCAGACUUCAUACGGCG